CGCACGUUGCCAUGGCGAAGCGUCACUAUGACACCGGUAGCAGAAGGCGAGGCGCGGAUUCAGAGAUUUCACCAACUCCUUCAGUAAAGCACAUAUUCCUCUUCAAAAGCUACAAUCUCCGCCAUAAUCGACCUCAGAUGCUGUUUGAUUAAAGGACAGACGACCAAAACAACCGCCUUCGCCCUCUGUUUACCGUAUCGAAUAAGGUUUUGCUAAUCGUUUGGCGUCGUCUCUACAGUAGAGUGUUGUCCUAGUUGCACGAUAUAAUCCCAGCUAGCUCAUGUAGCUGGCUAGCGAGUUUGCGAGCCGUUAAUCGAGCCACGUUAUGAAGAAACUGACUGUAUAGAUAUGGAUACUUAGAAGGGUAAGAAACUGGGAGAGACAUGGACUUGCAUGGGGAUAAUCAGGAAUCAGAGCACAGCCGAUUGUCUCACCAUAGUGACGGGAAGAUCUCGGAAUCUCCUUUUCGAUCUGGAAAACAGGAGAAAUACCGGAAAGACAUUGAAAGCUCGGUUGGGGAUCAUGCACGAACCAGAACGCGAGAGCCGGCCGGAGACCCAGACCGGGAUCGGUGUUCAGAUGGAGAGAAGAGCAGUCCCUCUUUCUACUCGGAUGAUUAUGAAAACGUCUCACACUCAGAUCGGUCUCUCUCGCCGUCAGCCUCUCCAUCUCCACAAAGAAGAGGGAGGUCUAGGAGAGUGUCCAGCAGCCCCUUACAUCGAGCAGGUGUACGUAAAGGUGUGUCACGCCGUCUCCCACCCCACUCCCAUCAUCCUCAGCAGCGGUCAGGAGGCAUCCGAUCCCAAACUUUGAGUAAAGACGCUCCAUCCAAAGAAGUGGACCCGGUCACCAAACGCAUGCUGUCAGCACGUCUGCUAAAGAUCAACGAGUUGAAGAACGCUUUGUCUGAGCUGAGGCUGCAUGCAGACGAGUUGCAGCGUGAGAACCGUUUACUGCGACAGAUGCAGCUGCGGCAAGAGAAAGCUCUGCAUCGCUACAAUGACACAGAGAGCGAGAUCUCGCAGCUGUUGUCUCGUCACAACAAUGAGACUCAUGUACUGCGUGAGAGGCUGAGACGCAGUCAAGAGAACCAGCGCACAGCUGAGCGCAGCCUCAGGGAAACGGACGCCCAGCUCCAGCGCUGUCGUAGCCAGCUGCAGAAACUGCAGCAACUCGCAGAUGACCAGAAUCUUGGAGAAAGGGAGGAACUCUCACGAAAACUAACGUACACUCAAGGCAAAUUGCAAGAAAGUGAACGCAGAGUGAAGGAAUUGGAGAAGAACAUGGAGCUGAGUAGUGGGAGCUUUCAGAGGCAGCUAGCUAAUGAGAGGAAGAGAACUCAUGAUGCACAACAGGAAGUUAAAGCACUACAGGAGGAAAUGGAGAGGCUUUGCACUAAACUAAAGGAGAAAGAAAAGGAGCUGGAUGCUCGGAACAUCUAUGCUAACAGGAUGCUGAAAGCUUCUUCCAGAAAAGAAGCUGAGAAUGUCAGCAAGCGAAAAGUCUCCAAUACAACCAGCACUAAAUCAGUACAGACAGAGGACAGGGCGUCCUCAUUGGACUUCCCAUCGCCGCCUCCAGCUCUUACCAACGAACUCCCACCUGACGACCAGACCGAUGAUUACCUCUCUCUGAAGGUUCAAAAGCCUACAGUGAAUCACAGGGUAAAAAAGCAGGAUCAGCAAGGCAGGGAGCAGAGACCAAGAGAAACAAAAGAAUGGAAGAUUCAAGAGUUUUGGAGGGAAAGGGAGAAAGAAAGAGACAUGGAAUCUGAGAUGGUACGAACAAGGGAGAAGGAGAGAGAAGAAGAGGCAAUGCAUGACAGAGAAAGAAAAAUGGAGCUGCUGAAAGACAAGGAGAGGCAAAGACUAGAUCAACAGCAGAGCUCAAAUGAGAAGAACUCAAAGGGAAAAAGAGGCCUGGACAGAAAGGAAGAAGAUUGGAAGAGGAUUGGCCUGUCUAUAUCUCAAAAGGAGGAAGAGAGCAGGAAGCAGCGUGAACUGGAAGAGGAACAACUUAAAGCAAGAAAUCUGGAGAUCCAGGCUGUCAGUCAAGAGAGUGCAGAAGAAGAAUGUCAGCACAAAGAGCAGCUACUGGCUAAGAUGCGUGAGAUCGACAUGCAGACUCAAGGUCAGGACUCGGACUUCUUUUCCGAUGACACAGGAAGUCUCCGCUCUCCUCCACGGUUGUCCGAGCAACGGAACCACAACGGUAUUUUCAAAUUCACAGAACCAGAAGAGAACACAAACACAUUGGCGAGUGGGAGAAGAGCGGGUGGUCUCCGAUCACAUGCACCAAGUGAGGAUAUUGAUCUUGCGUUUGGCAGCUACGCCCCUUCUUUUGGUAAAUCUGCCCCCCGUGCUGGUUUAGGUGCACGCAAUGCAAAUCAGCCACCUCGAGAACUAGAUGAAGGGCUGGAUCUGGGUGGCCUGGUCAAAGAAAGGAAGUCCAACCUCAUGCAGCAGCUUUUUGGUGCCUCAGCCACACCACCUCCUUCAGAUCCAUCCAGCAGGAUGGAGAUCCUAAGCCCCCCUCUAACAAGCCAGUUCCCAUCAGGACCAGUGGGUGGACGCAGGAGGGACAUAGACACACCGAAUGGACUAAACAUCAGUUCUCUCCCCAACAAUAGGAGCACUCUGCAUGUCUCUGAGAGCCGACCCGCGGUCAGGGCCAUUACGUCAUUUGAUGAUGACAUAGAAGAAGUCACACUCUGAAUAGGGGGCUUUUAUAGCCAAUACGAAAGAAUCAGUUUUUUGAAAACACAAGGAAAGAAUCCAGAAACGUCUGAUAUUUUGUUCUGAGCUCCCUUAUGAAGUAAUCGCUGAUUAAACAAUGCUUAGUUUGCUAAUAUGCCUCUGUUUUCGAACACUUCCGGCAAAAUCACAGAGGAAGACUUUUUCAGUGAUUACUUUUUUCAUGGUUCGGUUUGUAAAGGGUCCAAUAUUAACACUCGCUACACACUAAAGGCUGUAAAAGCACGGAAGGGAGUGGAAAGUUCUGUGGAUGAGCAACUGACAAUGCGCAAAUUAAAGAACACCGACGCAUCCAGAUCCAUAAUGACCAAAGUAAUCUACCAAGAGCUGCGCCAGUUAGCAACUAUGGCUGCCAUGUCAAAUGCAAAAUGUGUUAAUUGGUGGCAAAUAGUGGUAAACUGACUACCGCAAACCUUAAGAAAUCGCAUUGUAUGAUAUAUUUAAAUACUCCCCUCCUAUAAAUUUUGCAUCUGAAAUGGAGAUUCC